GUGGCUCUCGAACUCUUGGGUGAUGUAAUGCUCUCUCGCUCUGGGUGAACUCAGCUUCGUCUUCGGCCGAGGUCGCGGCGCGCCCCUCGGGCAGCGCCAAAGGCCAGGAUCGAACGGCAUCUUCCCAGCUAGGUCGCUGUCCCGAUAUCGGGGCUUUUCUGAGAAGAUCCGAUGUCGGGGGUUUGGUAGUCGGAGUUCGCCAUUUUCGAGGAGAAGAGGUAGGAUCUCGCAGUCCUCGCUUGCUUCGUCGUCGCCGGUAUCAAAUCUGCAGAUCAGAUCUGAGGAGCGAGCAGUCGAUUGAUGCCGACAGCGGCAAUGACGGAAGCGCCUCUGUAGUUGGAGAGGGAGAUUGAGGAUUCUGAGUCUCGGUCGGGGGAUUGAAACAACAAAGAAGAGGAUAUUGGGGCUACGAAUGGUUAUAGUCUCAUCUUCAACAAAUACUCCUGGAUUUGUUUCUUUGAAGAAAGGAGGUAGGAAGAGGACUAGACAUUUGAGGUAUGUAUACGAAGGCUCGGCUGUUGCUCUUACUGUUGACUCUAUGACUAAAUCAAAAUCUAGAAAGCUAAAGAAAGCAGAUAGAAAAUUGAAAUUGGCGGAUAGAUCUGACUGGUUUUGCCCUAGUUCGCUGGAAGAAGAAAUAAAAUCCAGUCUCUUUGCCUGCCCUUUGGAGAAAAAGGAUGUCUGUGUUCCUGAUUUAGGGGUUCCCUUGGAUUUUCCCAGCUCCCCUGCUGUUGAGAUGGCCCAAGCUUCUGUGCAUUCGGUCACGCCCCAACCUGCUGCUGCGGCUACUUUAUGGAAAUCCCUGUUGAUGGGAAAUAUGGAGGGUGCUACAACUCUGGAUUACCAACCUCCUAUGGAGACAGGAAAGAAGGGAAACCCCUUCUUCUGCAAAGAUGGCAUAAGGCCAUCAGACUAGAAAAGGAGCAAGUCUCCUCCAUUCCAAUUUGGGUCAAGCUUUUUAAUGCCCCUCAUGUCUUCAGGACAACCUGUGGUAUGAGUUAUGUGGCAAGUACCAUAGGCAAGCCUCUCUAUGUAUACGGAUAAGGCCACUGAGAAGAGAAGUAGACUUUCUUAUGCUAAAGUUUGCAUUGAGAUAAAUUACGACAACCCCUUACCAUCCAGUUUUGAAGUUGAUAUAGGGAAUGAGGAUAUUUUUGAAGUAGAAGUAGAAUAUUGCUGGCUGCCAAACAAGUGCAUGAAGUGUAAGUGCUUUGACCACAAGGAUUGCACACCUUAGCCUAAAGAGAAGUGGAAACCUAGACUUAUCAAUAAAGCCUUAGUCCCAACAGAACCUCCCAAGGGGAAAAUAGCACCAGAAGAGGCCUUGAUCAAGAGGAAGGAAGAGAAAGGGAAAGCAGAGGCAGAAAGCUCGACUCAAACCAGUAAAAAUACUCCUAUGGCUAAGGAAUCUAAAAGGGCAUCUCCUAACAAAUUUGCAAUCCUUAGUACACUGGAAGAGGAAACUGAUUUUGAAUAUCCAAAUUUGGGGAUGAAGGAAGGGGGUGGGGAGUUAUCUCAACCCCCAGACCCAUGAUUAUUUUGUCAUAGAAUGUGAGGGGCUUAAAUAGAAGCCCUAAACAAAAGGAGGUGGGCUCCUAUGCUCUAGCUCAAUCUCCUGACAUUGAUAUUUUGGUAUAGCAUAAAAUAAAGGAGGAUUGUGUUGAAUGGGUAACUUCUAAACUCUUUCCAAAUUGGGAAUUCCUCCAUAACUAUUAGUUUAGCCCAUUGGGCAGAAUAUGGGUUUUGUGGAAAAGUAGAGAUAUUAAUGUCUCUAUGUUGAGUGGCAGUAACCAAGUGGGGGCUGAACCAUGGGUCCUUUCUGCAAUUUAUGGUUUGAAUAAAGAAGUUGAUAGAAGAACUCUCUGGGAGGAUAUCAGCAACUCCUCAAGGCAGUUUAUCAAUGAAAUGCCUUGGCUUCUGACUGGAGACUUCAAUGAAAUUCGUUCUCCAGUAGAAAGAACUGGGAGCAAUACGGGCCGGACAGAAGGUAUGAAUGAAUUGUGAUAACCUUUGAGAUAGCAUUGAUUUAAUUGAACCCCCAUUUAUUGGUCCUAAUUUCUCCUAGUCUAACAAGAGUUGUGGUUCCAAUCUUAAAGCUAGUUAAAUAGACAAGUCCUUUGUAAAUUCUAAGUGGGUUGUAUCCUUCCCCAAUUUUUCUGUGGAUUUCAUCCCCCUUGGGGUCUCAAAUCACUCUCCUUGUGAUAUUAAAUUCUGUGAUCAGAGUAGGAGAAAGAAAAGUAUAUUUAGGUUCUUCAAUUUCUGGACUAACAAUGAUGAUUUCUUGAGUAUUAUUGCUGACACUUGGAAAAUGGAGGUUGUUGGCUAUCCUAUGUUUAAAGUUGUUCCAAGCUAAAAGCUUUGAAGCCUAAGCUCAGGAGGCUAAAUAAAGAGGGUUUUGGAGACAUUAGUUGUAAGAACCAAACUCAAGAAUUUUGGAUUAAAUAAAUAAGAGAAGGUGAAGGAAAUUAAAAAGGUGAAAACAGCAGGGCUCGUCGACGAGGCUCUUUCUCUUGUUGACGAAAUCUCUUCUAUAGCUCCACGAUGAAAUUCAGAGGUUCGUUGACGAGAUGAUGUCGAAAGAUUUUGAAAUUCUGAAAUCUUAGGCUUGUCAAUGAGGCCAACUCCGUCGUCGACGAACUCCCUUCUUAUGCUCAUUAACGAGAACGUCGUCUCGUCGACGAGGCUGGCCGGGUCAACUAAGUUAUAAAUAUUUAUUUCCUUAUUGGAGAAGAAACCAAAAUCCUCUCUCUCUCUCUCUCUCUCUCUCUCUCUCUAAGAUUUCGAGCUAUCGGUUACCCAAAUCGAUAAUUCGACGUUACUACGUGGAUCAGGGGAGGAAUCUCUACGGUUAUAGCAAAUCAGAUCUUCGUUUUGAGGAUUUUUGGGUUUUGUUUCAAAAUCGAGAUAAAGGUCUGAUUUCGUUUUCGGUUCGGUAGAUCUAUAGUGAUUGGGGUUAUAUUGAAGUGUUAUUCUUUGAUUUUUAGGUUUUGGGAACUCGGUUCACUAUCUUAGAGUCGUUUAGUUCGUGUUUUGGUUUUCAGGGAAAGGUAAAUGGUUUUCGUUUAUAUCAGUUAUUUUGUAAUUUGAAUCGAUAAAACUGUGAUUUACAAUUAUAUGAAUGUUUUGGUUACUUAUUUGGAAAAA